AUGAAGCAAAAACUUACAAUUUCCGCACUAGGUACCGUGCGCAAAAAUAAGAGGCGAUCCAAACAUGAGUUGAUUCGGCGCGACAUAAGCCGCAAGCGUUCGCAUAUUUCAAUCACAUCUGAGCGGUGUAACCUGCGGGACCAGAAAGCUCAUCAAUCCAGUACGAAAUCUUACGAUUCAUCAGGGUGGCUAGAAUUAGCAUACCACGUCCAGAUGCCGACCCUAACUUGA